AAAUUAACAUAGAAUACACAUUUUUAACAUCCAUUGGCUUUGAACAACGUAGCAGCUGGUUUAUCCGAUUUGUGUAGCUUUUUAGUCCGCUCACUUGGGUUAGUGAACACGCCCUGAGAAAGCCCUCUGGUGGCUUGAACUUACUUGAACACAUCAUUGCCUGCAUCCACAUAGUCUGCCAACUUAUUCCUGCCAUAGUUUGGAAGCUUGGGGUGCCAUCAUGUUGGUGCCAAUCUUCACCCUCAAAUUGAACCACAAAGUCAACCCACGCAUGGUGACGAUGGGCAAGUUUGACGGCAUCCAUCCAUGUCUCACAGCGGCCACGCAAGCUGGGAAGGUGUUCAUCCAUAACCCCCACACGCGAGGCCAAAGGCAGGUGGCCCAUCGUCUGAGCCAGAGUGCCCAGGACUCCGACAUCUCGCUCCUUAACAUCAACCAGGCCGUCAGCUGCCUCACUGCUGGCUCUCUUGGACCCAACACCACUGGAGACACUCUACUGGUGGGCUCUCAGACCAACCUGCUGGCCUACGAUGUUCACGACAAUGCUGAUAUCUUCUACAGAGAGGUAACAGAUGGGGCAAACGCAAUUGUUUUAGGGAAGCUUGGGGAAAUCCCAUACCCCCUGGCCAUCAUCGGAGGGAACUGUGCCCUGCAAGGCUUUGACUAUGAGGGGAACGACCAGUUCUGGACGGUCACUGGAGAUAACGUGCGGUCAGUGGCGCUGUUUGACUUCACUGGCGACGGGAAGAAUGAGCUUCUUGUUGGAUCUGAAGACUUUGACAUCAGAGUCUUUAAAGAGGAUGAGUUGGUGUCUGAGAUGGCAGAAAAUGAGACAGUCACGUCCCUGUGUCACAUGCACGGCAGCAGGUUCGGUUAUGCUCUGGCCAACGGCACCGUGGGAGUUUAUGACCGCACUGCCCGCUACUGGAGAAUCAAGUCCAAAAACCACGCUAUGAGCAUCCACGCUUUUGACCUCAAUGCAGACGGAGUCGAGGAACUCAUCACUGGGUGGUCCAAUGGAAAGAUUGAUGCUCGCAGUGACCGGACAGGAGAGGUGAUCUUCAAGGAUAACUUCUCGGCCUCUGUGGCUGGAGUGGUGGAGGGGGACUACCGUAUGGAUGGACAGAUCCAGCUCAUCUGUACCUCUGUGGAGGGAGAGGUGCGUGGCUACUUGCCAGCCAGUAAGGAGAUGAAGGGGAACCUGAUGGACUCAAGUGUGGAGCAGGACCUGAUACGAGAGCUGAGCCAACGCAAACAAAACCUCUUACUGGAGCUUCGCAACUAUGACGAGAACGCCAAGGCCACUCCAGGAGUGUCUGAGGGGGACUCAGGGAUGGGCGUCAUCCCGGCCAACACCCAGCUCCAGACCGCCCUCGCCGUCCGCGCCGCUACGGAAAGCCAGAGGGCCCACAUAGAGCUGAGCAUCUCAACCCCAAAUGGUACUGGCUGGCAGUACCAAUCUCCGGAAGAGAGUCCCACUGAAGACAGUGCAAGUCAAGCACGUCUCGUUUUUUUCCCAGAAACCAUCAUCCGAGCUGUGCUGAUCUUUGCAGAGGGCAUUUUCGAAGGGGAGAGUCACGUGGUGCACCCGAGUGCCCAGAAUCUGUCUGGGUGUGUCCGCGUCCCCAUCAUCCCACCUAAAGACAUCCCCGUAGACCUGCACGUCAAAGCCUUUGUGGGAGGGAAAAGCAGCACACAGUUUCAUGUGUUUGAGAUCACCCGGCAACUACCUCGCUUCUCUAUGUAUGACCUUAACGUGGACCCCGAUGCCCCUCAGCCCACGGGACGCGUGGCCUUCAGCAUCAACGAUCGCCCACAGAGGGUGGUCAUGUGGCUGAACCAGAACUUCCUGCUGCCAGAAGGGAUCGAAAGUCCAGACGUGACCCUCACGUGUUUGCGUGGGGGAGGGCUGCUCAGCAUCAGCAUGGAGUCAAAUGGAGAGAUCACACUUAAUACAGACGACAUUGACCUGGCAGGAGAUCUCGUCCAAUCACUCACCUCCUUUUUAGCCAUUGAAGACCUGCAGGCAGAGGCAGACUUCCCUAGCUACUUUCAGGAGCUCAGGACCACCCUCACAGAGGUGGACGAGUUCCACUCUGUUCACCAGAAGCUCACGGCCGCCAUUGCAGACCAUUCCAACCACAUCCGCAACAUGCUGGUGCAGGCGGAGGACGCCAGGCUCAUGGGAGACAUGAGGACCAUGAAGAAGCGAUACAUCGAACUCUAUGACCUCAACAGGGACCUGAUCAACGAGUACAAGAUCCGCUCCAACAACCACAACGCGCUGCUCGCCUGUCUCAAGUCUGUCAACCAAGCCAUACAGCGGGCAGGACGACUGAGAGUGGGAAAACCGAAGAACCAGGUAAUCUCUGCGUGUCGAGACGCCAUAAAGAACAAUAACGUCAACGCCCUCUUCAAAAUCAUGAAAGCGGGAACGGCCUCCAGCUAAGGGCCCCCCUAUCGACUGAUCUCCACCCAGGGCUGGUUCCCAUUGCAAUAUUGUUACACUACAAAUCAUUGGUAAAGCUCUCUCCCUCCCUCCCUCCAUCCAUCCAUCUUUCUGUCCGUCCAUCCAUCCCUCCAUCUCUCUAUCAUCCAUCCCUCCCUCAUCCAUCCAUCUUUCUAUCCAUCCAUCCAUCCCUCCAUCUCUCUAUCCAUCCAUCCCUCCCUCCCUCCCUCCAUCUCUCUAUCCAUACAACCAUCCCUCCAUCCCUCCCUCCAUCUUUCUAUCCAUCUAUCCAUCCAUCCAUCUGUCAAGGGUCUAGGGAAGGAACCAAAAGGAAAACAUUGUUUGUACGUUUGUCCGUGUCACCUUAAGCCUUGAGGAAGGAUGGGUUUUGGUUUCAUGACGGAUGAUCAAUAGCGCACUACUUGAUUACUUGUUGAGGGUAAAUAUGAUGUCGUAAGACAGAGGGGGAGUCUUGGCACAACUUUUUUUUAUAGGAUAAAGUGUAUGAAUAAUGGUACGGUGAAGUUGAAAAUGUAAUUUUAGCCAAAGGAAUAUAUACUUUUCCACUGUUUACAAGAGAAUUGUGUGGUUUGUUAUUUAUACAUACUUUUACAGUCUGUAAAUAGAGAGAGUCAUUGUUACACUGUUUGUUUGAAUUAAAAAAAAAUCCUGUGUGAAA